AUGUCGGACUCACAAUCACAAAGUUGCCAGCCGACAAGUCCCCGGAAAUGUGCCCGCGGCUGCGGCUUCUUCGGCCACCCGGAAAACAAGUUCCUAUGCUCCAAGUGCUACACUGACUAUCUGAAAGAGGAGAUUUCCAAGUUGCCCGCCGCCGCCGCCGUUACUCUCACGUCGUCGCCAUGCAAAACGCCGCAGGAUUCAUCUUCAAAUGCCGAUUUGGCCGCCGAGUCUGCGCCGGCGCCGGCGAAGAGUAAGAGGUGUUUCUGCUGCAAGAAGAAGGUUGGGUUGAUGAGCUUUGAGUGCCGCUGUGGCGGAACGUUUUGUGGGCGUCAUCGGUUCCCGGAAGAACACAAAUGUGAUUUUGAUUACAAGGCUACGGGACGUAAGAUUUUGGCUAUGGAAAAUCCGGCCAUCACUGCUGACAAGUUGCCAGAAAGGAUUUAA